AUGAAGUCCUUUUCCAGUUCUGCAAUCAAUAAAACCGGCAAGAAAUUCGCACCGAAGGCACCAAUCCGUCGUGCGCCCACCGCCGCGCCCGCGAGACGAUCUAGUGCUGCUCAAAAGUCGCCAGCCGAGCCUUUGCAGGACGACAAAGUCAAAGAUGUAUCUGACUCUGCUCUGACGCCUUCUGUGCCUGCAGGCCUGGAACCACAGGCCGUCACAGAGGCCUCACCUGCGUCAGUUGCUGCGCCUACGACGGAACAAACACCCAAUCCUUUGAAUGUUGCAGUUACUCCCCCGAUUGUCAAUCCUACCACGGCACCUAUUCCUCUCAAUGCUCCCAGCGCUACAUCGAUCGUUGAACUCACCGCUACACCCAUUGCCAAGCCGACUCCGAUCCCCAGGCCCGAUGCCAUCUCAAAGCCAACUUCAAUCCCAAAGCCGGCUGCGAUUCCUAUCCCACAGAAACACAAAGCCUUGGCCUCUAUCUCGCAACCCACACCUGUCUUGAUCGCUCCGCCUACACCUCCUUCUACUCAACCCACACCACCUCCUGCCAACGUCCCGACUAGCGGGGCUCAACCUCUAUCCUCUGAGGAUCAUGGACCAGAGACAGCUCUUUUAGAAUACGCCAGGAUUGAAACAGCGCGGGCCGCAGAAAACCUUGUCGAUUCAAAUGAAGGUCUGUCGCAAUCCCAACCUGAAAUUGAACAAACUGCCCCAAUCGAGGGUCGACCAACAAAGCGCGCUCGAACUUUAUCAACUACAGCUACUCCAGUUCCGGCUCGAAAGAAGUCCGUAUCCGUAGCAGCAAGCCGUCAAGGGUCCCAGUCAAUUGUGCCUACUAUCGAGGAUUCAAGCGCAACGCCCGGUGGAUCCAACCUUUCCACUCCGGAUCCAACAAAGCCAAAAAAACGAAAGUACUCAAAGGCCGGUACCUCUGAUCCUGAAGGUAAAGAGAAACAAAAGCGCACGCGCAAGAAGCGCGAACCCACCCCGGAAGGCGCCGAGACAGUUGAAAUUUUGCCGAAUGUUGUGAAAAUGUCCGAGCUGUGCAAAGAUCUCCGAACUGGAAAGAAGUCCAAGCGCGAGACAGAGCUACGCAAGAUUGAUCAGGCUGAAGAAGAACGGAAGAAGCAGGGUGGAACCCCUGGUCCAGGGACAGGAACGCCCGUCAAGCAAACCGAGCUUGAACAGGAGAAAUCCGAAAAACCGAUUGAUUGGAAACCCCAAAGCGGUCCCCUUAUGCGAAUCGUUAACGGUGAGAUCGUGCUGGACAAUGCGUCCUUGCAGGUUGAUCGUCACGCAGAUGCCGCCCGAGCCGCUGGCGACCUCGAAGAUGUGGUGGAAAACUCGUUUACUCGGAAGAUCAAUCAGGCCUCGUACGGUAAGCGUACAAAGACUGAAACAUGGGAUGAAGAGAUGACAGACCUGUUUUAUCGCGGGCUCCGCAUGUUCGGCACCGAUUUUAUGGUCAUCAGCAAAAUGUUCCCGGGCCGGUCUCGUCGUCAGAUCAAGUUGAAGUUCAAUAAUGAAGAGCGCCGUGAUCCGCAACGUAUCAAGGACACCCUGAUGGGUCCAUCUGAGACCAUCGACAUUGCAACCUACUCAGAGAUGACGAACACUGUCUACGAUGAUCCCAAGCUUGUUCAGCAAGAACUUGACGAUGAGAAGAAGCGGAUCGAGGACCAACAUGCGAAGGAGAAGGAGAUGCAAGAGGAUUUACUGCGCAACCCGACUGGCGAUGAUGCCAAGGAUGCCAAGAACGACAAAACGGUUAUCAAGAAGUCGCGCAAGAAGGCGGGUGUGAAGAGCCAGGGAGGUGGAACAGAGGAGAUUCUGGGAUCGAUCGAUGACUUUCCCAUGGCUUAA